AAUAGCUAGGAAAAAGUACUCACUCCAGUCAAAGGUUCCUAAAUGUAAAGCCCCAAAUUCGGAAUCAUCCAAAGCUGCUCUAAAAUGUCGAUGUACUUCAAUACGGAAUGGGGGUAUUUGGAAGCUAUAACGCGGGGGUUCAAGAACGGAAUGCUCAAGCACUCCGACUAUCUGAACCUGGUUCAAUGCGAAUCGCUAGAGGAUGUCAUGAUCAGCAUCCAGGGCACGGACUAUGGCAACAUCUUUACGGGCGAUAACCAACCGAGCGUGGACGUCAUUGAGGUGAGCCUAAGGGAUCGCCUGCUUCAGCAAUAUAACUACAUUCGGGGACAUGCCACGGAGCCCCUGACUACGUUUUUGGAGUACAUCCGAUAUCCGCACAUGAUUGAUAAUGUGACGCUAUUGAUAGCCGGUCUGAACAACCGGAGGUCUAUGAAACGUCUGAUGAAGAUGUGCCAUCCGCUGGGAUUCUUUGAUUCUUUGGCAGCCAUCGAGGUAGCCUCCAACUCGGCAGAGCUCUUCGAUAUGGUUUUGAUCGAUACGCCCAUCGCCAAAUUUGUUGCUCCGGAACUGAUCAGUCAGAAUCUGCUAUCCAACGAUGUGGAGGUUGUCAGGGCCACCUUGUAUCGGUACUACUUGGAACAUUUCUACGCGUAUUGCAUGAGUCUGGGCGGUACAACCGCCACUGUGAUGGCGGAUCUGCUGGCCUUCGAUGCGGACCGCAGGUCCAUUACCAUUGCCGUGAAUGCGCUGCAAAGCGAUAUGAGACCCGAUGAACGCAUGAGAAUGUUCCCCAGCUGUGGGCAUCUGCCCCGAGUGGCCUUACAUGGAAUGGCAACCGCUCCUGAUACCGAAAGGAUAAGGGAAAUCUGCAAUGCAUUCGACCCCUACGGCAAGAUGUUCGACAACAUUGAAAGGGAUGUAGACGGAAUGAUCACUCUGGAGGACCGCUUCCUCAUGGUUGAAGCUAAGAAGAAUGUGCAAUCGUAUAUGCAGCAGUUUCAUUUCGGGGUAUUUUACUCCUUCAUCAGACUUAAGCAGCUGGAAUGCCGGAAUAUAGUCUGGAUCAGUGAGUGCAUCUCUCAGCGGCAGACGGAAAGGAUAAAUGCGUUUAUUCCUAUACCGCUGGAUUGGUGAUUGCUUCGGCAACUUCACUUUCCAUCUGCAUCUAUUUUUCGUUUUUUGGUUAAUUUAUUGCUCUUGAAAGCUUUCUAAAUUUUGUAUUAAAUAAAUUGUAUCCUUACCACCAA